GGGCAAAAGACAAACCGCUCAGCAUACUCCAGUUGGAUCCAGCUGACCGUGCUGUACUCCGAAUAGCUGGACCGUAGCGCAAUAACAAGAGCCGUCCGCAGCACUGCCACUCGCGCGCGGCUCCUGCCCGGCGAGACAUCGUCAUCAUGUCGUACUACAAGGAUCGCCUAGGGUUCGACCCGGACGAGCCUACGGCCAACGGCGACGGAACCKCGACAACUGGGACUCCACGCAAGUCGAAACGCGGAUACGAGGAGAACCUGAGCAAGUUCAAAGAUGAAAGAGAUGCCAUACAGAAGAAAACGUUUACAAAAUGGGUGAACAAACAUUUGAAAAAACAUUGGAAAUACUCGAAGACAUAUACUUGUUUGCAGGCGUGUUCUAAUUCUAUUUGUACUUGUCCAAGAGAAAGAGGCAAACUGAGAUUUCAUAUGCUACAAAAUGUCCAAAUGGCACUGGAAUACUUGCGUUUCAAAAAAAUCAAACUUGUAAACAUUCGAGCCGAAGAUAUUGUAGAUGGCAAUCCAAAACUCACGCUGGGUCUCAUAUGGACCAUUAUACUUCAUUUCCAGAGCCCCGUUACACAUCCAUAUCCUCCGUCGUCCUAA